GGUAACAGCGUGUGGCGGGGAUGACCGCUAAUUAUCAAUGACGCGAUGACGCGGACGCCGUACUACAAAUGGCGGGUAAUGAAACAGCUGUUCACGCUACCGUCAGCUCGACAUCUAGCGGAGCGCGGGCGCGAUCCGGCACGCGUCGGCGACGACGUCGACGUUGGAUACGGUACGACGAGGAAGAUCGUAGACGAGGUGUUAGAAGAAGGGCUAGGACGCCGGUGCCCGCUGGUGACCUCUCGAAGAGGAACAUGGCUGCUGGUUGCUGUGGCGCGAAGAAGCAAAGGCUGGGCGGUGGCGGCGGCGCGGCGCCGAGCCUGUCGCCGUGCGACGGUACCGCCAUACGACACGGUACUCCUCAAUCAAGGAAACCCGCGACGAUCGCCCAACCAGAGAUGGGCUUUUUUUGCUUCGACGUGCUCUAUUGCCAGUUGCACCAGCUGGACCCGCCGAAGGCGCCUAACUUCAGCAAUGAAGCGUUCCCUUUAUUUGUGACGUGGACAAUAGGAAAAGAUAUGAGAUUACGAGGUUGUAUUGGUACUUUUAAUGCGAUGCACUUACAUGCUGGGCUACGCGAGUACGCUACAACUAGCGCAUUCAAAGACUCUCGAUUCAAUCCCAUAACUCGAGACGAGCUACCGCGCUUGCAUGUAAGCGUGUCAAUUUUGCGGCAUUUUGAAGACGGGGUUGACUACUUAGAUUGGGAAGUGGGUGUGCACGGAAUUCGCAUAGAAUUCCACAAUGAGAAGGGUAAUAAACGGACGGCUACUUACCUGCCCAGCGUAGCUAUGGAGCAAGGAUGGGACCAGAUUCAAACGAUAGAUUCUCUGCUACAUAAAGGUGGCUUCAAAGGCCUAGUCACACCCGAUAUCCGUCGUAGCCUGAAACUGACUCGCUAUCAAAGCGAGGAGGUCACCGUGAGCUAUCAGGAUUACAUGACGCAUUAUAACAACACUCAUAUGGUCAAUUCGCCUCAUCUGCAAAACGAUAGUGCUCGAUACAAUUCUUUCGUGUCUGGCCAACAGUGUUUACAGAUUAUCACGCAACCGAAUCGCUCGACGUUCAUACAUCCAUUACCCUUACCUCCGAUUACUCCAGUUAUGAUACCGAUACGUAACAAUCCUCCCAUUUGGUGGGAUAAUGCGGGUCCGUCCUAUCCGUCUGCGCCGCUUUAUCCUCGACCACCGCAUCGCUUCUUAACGCAGAAUGUUACGGAGCGUGGGGUACGUAAACGAAAAAACGGUAAAAUGGCUGCUGGUUGUUGCGGUACGAAAAAGCAGAAGCUCAACAACAAUUCCGCGGGCGUACCGUGCAAUGGCACAGCGGUGCUGUCGAACGGCACGCGUAUACGUAAUACGCCGAUCGUGCAGCCCGAGAUGGGUUUCUACUGCUUCGACGUCCUCUACUGCCAACUGCACCAACUUGACCCACCAAAACCGCCCAACUUCAGCAACGAAGCAUUUCCCCUGUUUGUAACAUGGACUAUUGGAAAGGAUAUGCGACUACGUGGCUGUAUUGGUACAUUCAAUGCCAUGCACUUACAUGCAGGACUUAGGGAAUAUGCUACUACUAGUGCUUUCAAGGAUUCGCGGUUUAAUCCUAUAACACGAGAGGAACUUCCACGCUUACAUGUAAGCGUUUCUAUACUGCGGCAUUUUGAAGACGGCGUGGAUUACUUAGAUUGGGAAAUAGGAGUCCAUGGGAUUCGCAUAGAGUUCCAUAAUGAAAAAGGCAACAAAAGAACUGCUACUUACUUACCUGAUGUUGCGACUGAACAAGGUUGGGACCAGAUACAAACUAUAGACUCGCUAUUACAUAAGGGUGGUUACAAGGGCUUAGUUACACCAGAUAUUAGACGCAGUGUAAAACUGACGCGAUACCAGAGCGAGAAGAUUACUGUAAGCUAUCAAGACUACAUGACACAUUGGCAUAACCGGCGAUGCUAGCAGCUGGCUUGGGGUCCUAUCCAGGGGCCCCUACCUUGCCAAACACCCGGCACAUUUUGUUACAAAAAUAUUUCAGAUACAGUUAAUGCAUCUUACUCACAAUACAGUACCACUCAAUAUAACUCUUUCAUGGCCAAUCAACAGCAUACGUUAGUUAUGGUUCAGCCGAAUCACCCCACAUUUAUACACACACUUCCGCUGCCACCAAUUCCUCCGGUUGUGGUACCUAUGCAAAACUAUCCGCCAUUCUGAUGAAAUUAUGCAUACCGCAUCCUUCAGUACGCUAUAUCGUUAUUCCUAACAAACUUUUGUAAUGCAAAGGAAUGAAUUAAAUGUUUAAGAGAAUACAACUGAAGGCGGCUGUUAUGUAUCGUCUGUUACUUGAAUUGAUUAUACAUUUUGAUUGUUUACUGUAGCAUUUAUUGUCUCUUUUUGUUUCAUUAUUAGUUAUUCUUAUGCGAUUUAUUCGUCUGUGAAAAGAAAUGCGAAAAUAUAAUCUUCAGUAUGGUGGCAAUGUUCUUCCAAAAUAUUUGUUGUAAGCAUAAAUAAUAUUGUCGGCAUAGAAACAUUUGUAUAUGGUAGAUUCUUGUUCUCGUAUUGUACAAUUUUAUGAUUGUUAAAUUUGAACUGAAAACGAAAAUCUAUUUGCGAGCAACAAUGUAAGUUCAGUUUGCUGUCGAAUAUAUGACUAGCCAUUGAUCGUUAUAAUGUAAAUACUAUACAAUUGUAGCUUUGCCAAUAUGCCAUCAUGCUAGAACAUUAGAUACUUAUAUUAGUAUUUGUGACGAGUAACAAAAAAUUUCCGAAUACAUAAUACUAUUUAUAAUUAAUUGUCACUAUAUUAGUCCAUUCAUUCUAUAAUGCACAAAUUCAUUAUAGUCGCCUGUCUACAUUACAGAUUUAAAUCAUCAGCAAAAAACUUGUGAGUACAAUAAAA